AUGCUGGAGGACUGGCUGGACGAGCAGGAUGUCGAUGUCGCCGACGCGAUGGCCCGGCAGCGGGCCGCGCGUGAUGUGCUGGCCGCCAACCGCGUCAACUACCGAACCCCGCGGGCGCCGUACACCAACAAGCUCCAGCCGUCGUGGAUCCGCCAGCACAAUGGCUCCUCCUCCUCCUCUUCUUCCUCCACCUCCUCCUCGUCUUCGGGCUCCUCGUCGCCGUCGGGCGCGACGCCGACCCCUCGGCCGACGCCGGCCGGCGCCGCGGUGCCGCAACGCCCUCAGAAGCCGACCGCCGGCAGCGGCGGGGCCUCCAGCGGCAGCGGGUCCGGCAGUGUCCUGGACCUUGGGUCGCUGAUUGGCGGCCCCCUGACACCGGCCGGCGACGAUGAGGACCAGAUGUCGGUGGCGGCGCUGGAUCAGACCGCCCACUUCCGGUCGCUUCCCUCGCGUGUGACCUGCGCCAACCAGGGCACCGAGACCAUUGUCCGCUACAUCUGCCCGGACCCACACGGGAUCCUCACCCCGGCCGAGUACCAGCAAUCGCCCCCUUUCCCCGUGUGCCCGAGCACCUGUGACACGACGGACAGCCAGCCCACGCCGGCCGGACCGUGCGACCUGGCCACCUGCUGCCAGGCCUUCCAUGCGUGCCAGUGCACGCGGCUCUACUCGCUGCGCGAUUGCUCCGGCCUCCGGCCGGUGGCAUGCCGCAUCUCGCCGAACACCCCCCAGUGGCUCAGCUGCUUCCGGGCCCAGCCCCUGAGCGACAACUUCCCCAGCACCUGCCCGCGAGUCUCGGGGUCGGUCCCCUUGAAGAUGUCUUACCGCGUGGAGUGCUCCUUCCGCGAUCAAAACGUCGAGGCGGUGUACCCGCUGCGGAUGCUGGCAGCCGACCACCCGGACCUGUUUGCCGGGGCGUAUCUUCAGCUGCGGCCGGUGCACUCGGACCGCCUGGGCCAUGAGGGCAAGCACUUUUCCCGGGUGGAUGUCCCGCUCGGUGUCUUCACCGCGGCCGUGCCGGCCACUCCCAGCCAGGACGACCCGCAGGUGGUCCCCGGGCUGGAGCUGAACCUGCCGGAGCUGCUGCGCGAGGAUCCCGUGGGCUACGCGCGCGGCCUCGGAGCCGUGUACUUCGAGGUGGAGCUCCUGGGCCUGGAGCCCCUCGGGGUUGGAGUGGAUGCCAGUGGCCUGCAAUCCCUCGGGUCGCGCUCGGUGUACCUGUACAAUCGCGCGGUGGACUGGCAGGCGGUCGAGCUGGCCGAGGUGCCGAAGGCGGUGGCCGGGCGCCUGGCCACGCCGGUCAGCGGCCCCCUCCUGGGGGGGGCCCUCGGCGGGUCGCUCGGGCUCCUGGUGCUGGGGGCCCUGGCGGCGGUGCUGGCGGUGGUGAUCGUCGGCCGGCGGCGGGGGCGGCGUGGCGGCCGGCCUGCCGCGGGAUCCUCCCCCUCGGCCUCGAAGGAGCAGCCGGCGGCCGGCCGUGGCAGUGGCGACAAGUCGAUUGCCAUGCACCUGGGCGAUGAUGCCGGCCCGGGGGUGCCGCCCGAAGACGGCAGCAAGUCCUCCUCGGGGCUGUCCUCGGACCUGUCCUCCGACGCCACAUCCUCCACCAUCUCCAAGGGCCUGUCGGAGUCUGGGUCGGUGGUGAGUCGGCUCUCGCAUCGCUGA